AUGAGUUUGAAAAGAGUGAAUCUCUGCUUCUCUCCCAUCCUGGUCCUCCUCUUCUGUUGGUUUUAUCCAAUCCAAGCCCAACAAAACAUCACAAACUACCAGUGCUCAGAGGACCAAUCCAACUUUCCAUGUCAAGCCUAUGUAUUCUACAAAGCCAUGGCUCCAGACUUUCUGACCCUCGCCAAAAUUGGUGAUCUCUUUGGUGUAAGCCGAAUAAUGAUAUCAAGUCCCAGCAACAUCUCCUUUCCAGCCUCUCAUCUCCUCCCAAACCAGAGCCUUUUUGUCCCUGUGACAUGCUCUUGCAACUCCAACAAUCUCUUCUAUGCCAACAUCCCCUACGCAAUCCAACCGGGUAACACCUACUUUGACCUUGCCAACAAUCAGUUCCAAGAAUUGACAAAUUAUCAAAGUGUGGAAUUUGUUAACCCUUCUCUUGAUCCCACCAAACUCCAAAUUGGAAUCGACGUCGUUUUUCCAGUGUUCUGCAACUGUCCCAACCAAACCCAAAUGCAGUCUGGCAUAAAUUAUUUCAUUAGCUAUGUUUACCAUCCAUCUGAUACCAUAGCUUCCAUUGCUGCAAAAUUUGGACUGAAUACACAAUCUAUUAUUGAUGUAAAUGGGCAGAACAUCGUUCCAUCGAGUGUCAUCUUUCUUCCAGUCUCUCAAAUUCCUCCACUAGACCAACCUUAUAUUCCUCGAAAAUCUAAAUCGACUACGGAGGACGAAGAUCAAUAUGUUUUGGGGUUGGAAAUUGGGUUGGGACUUUCGUGCUUUCUAUUAGCAAUAUUGAUUUUGCUUAUGGGUUUCUUUUAUAGACGGGAGAUUCUCUUGAAGCUUUUCAAAGGAACAAGAGAUGACCAAGAGAAACAGCUGCGGGCACUGAGGAAGAAUUUCAUAACUGAUGUUUCACAAUCCUUGGAUAAGUAUGGAGUGUAUGAGAUUCAAGAUUUGAGACGAGCAACUGCUGGAUUCAACCAAAGCUGUUUAAUUCAAGGCUCUGUUUAUAAAGGGCGCAUCGGUGGAGUGUUCUAUGCCAUUAAGAGGAUGAAAUGGAAUGCCUGUGAAGAGCUGAAGAUCUUAAAAAAGGUAAACCAUGGUAACCUAGUGAGGCUUGAAGGUUUCUGCAUACACCCUGAGGUUGGAAGCUGCUAUCUAGUGUAUGAGUAUGUUGAGAAUGGGUCUCUUUAUUCAUGGCUUCAUGAGGAGAACAGAACAAUGAAGUUGGAUUGGAAGACAAGGUUACGUAUCGCCAUCGAUGUUGCUAAUGGUCUUCAAUACAUACAUGAACACACAAGGCCAAGGGUGGUACAUAAAGAUAUCAAGACUAGUAACAUUCUAUUAGAUGGAAGCAUGAGAGCCAAGAUUGCGAAUUUUGGACUAGCAAAAUCUGGUUGUAAUGCUGUAACCAUGAGAAUUGUUGGCACUCAUGGUUAUAUUGCACCAGAGUAUCUAGCAGAUGGAGUUGUAACGACGAAAAUGGAUGUUUUUGCUUUUGGGGUGGUUCUGCUUGAGCUAGUUUCUGGAAAGGAAGCCAUUAAUGAGGAAGGGAAGUUACUUUGGAUGAAUAUAGAAAGAAUUUCAGAGGAAGAGGAAGAUGUGAAGGAUGAGAAGUUGAAGGAAUGGGUGGACAAGUUUCUUCUGGAAGAGAUUCCAUGCCCAAUAGAGAGUAUCAUGAAUGUUAUGAAUGUUGCCAUUGCCUGUGUACAGAGAGACCCUUCUAAGAGACCAACCAUGGUUGAUACUGUUUAUAAUCUAUCAAAGAGUGAGGCUUUGUGUUUUGACUACUCUGAGUCAUAUGCCUAA